AUGGUAAGCAAUUCGCGUCGAAGUGAUCCACGACCACUUUGGAUACUUAAAAUUCACAAGCGUCUCAGUUUGCACGAAUUCAAGAAAGAGGCGAGAUAUUCGGAAGCGGAUAUAAAAUGGGUGCUGAAAGGGCCACCGACAAAAACAGUCUAUAAGGUCACUGUGGAGACGAUGGAAAACUGCGGAACUCCAGAAUCGGAGCAACAGAUUUGGGUGACUGAAGAAAUGGCGAGGGCCACUGGAGAAAUGUUGGAGAGAUUUGAGGAAGAAGAAGAAGCAGAAGAAACCACUCUCGGCGAUAAAUCUCAUGAAGACAUCAAUGAAACUACAGAGUCUAUCGAGGAAGAUUACGCAGAGCUUCGUGAAUCGGAAGACGUGAAUCCGUAUGACACAGAAGUUGAAAGCCAUGAGACUACCUUCGACUUCAGCAGUAUCGACGAUGAUAAAGAGACCAGUUCCUAA